GGGAGGGGAGAAGCAGCAGUCUUGCUAAGCAGAGGGAGGGGAGAGGCAGCAUCCUAUUCCCACAUUUACAGCAGGGCUGGGAGGUGCCUCUGCCUGGAAGGACCACAUCUCCUCUAUAGUGAAGAUGGAGGGGUCCCCCUAGCACGCAACACGGGGGGGAGAACCAUCAGAGAGGAGCAGCAGCCUCUGGACUAAUGCAGGCUCUGCUGGCACCCCCUGAAUUAAACACAGAAGAGGGUAGAGGCCCUUCAAUCCUACUGCAAUAAACUUCUGCCUCCUUUUUGGGGGAAACAUCCCACCUGCCAAGAUGAUGGAGAUACAGAUUGAUGAUGGGGUGGUCUACCAGGAUGACUACUGUUCCGGGUCAGUUAUGUCAGAGCGGGUAUCGGGUUUGGCAAACAGCAUCUACCGGGAAUUUGAACGUCUGAUACGAUGCUACGACGAGGAAGUGGUGAAAGAACUCAUGCCACUAGUGGUCAAUGUUCUGGAAAAUCUUGAUGCUGUCCUGACAGAGAACCAGGAACAUGAGGUGGAGUUGGAGCUUCUGAAGGAGGACAAUGAGCAGCUGCUGACACAGUAUGAGAGGGAGAAGGCCUUAAGGAAGCAGGCCGAGGAGAAAUUUAUUGAAUUUGAAGAUGCCUUGGAGCAGGAGAAGAAGGAUCUCCAGUACCAGGUGGAAACCCUUGAAUUUCAGGCACGGCAGACGGAGCUGAAAACCAAAAACUAUGCUGACCAAAUCUCCAGGCUGGAAGAAAGAGAAUCAGAGUUGAAGAAGGAAUAUAAUGCGUUACAUCAGAGGCACACAGAGAUGAUCCAAACCUAUGUUGAACAUAUCGAACGGUCUAAACUGCAGCAAGUAGCAGGAAACAGCCAAUCAGAUGGUGGAGUUACAGGCCGAAGCCACCGCCAGUCCUGGAGAAAGAGCAGGAAGGAGCGGCCGACCUCUCUCAACGUUUUCCCAUUGGCGGAUGGAAUGGUACGUGGACAGAUGGGUGGCAAGAUCACCCCGAGCUCGGACCACUGGCACCUGAGUGACCUCAGCCAGCUAAAGUCCAGCUUCAGCUACAAGGACGAAAUGUCAGAAUCUGGUCAGUCCUCAGUAGCAGCCACUCCAAGCACCACAGGUACAAAAUCAAAUACCCCUACUUCUUCCGUCCCAUCUGCGGCUGUGACUCCACUACACGAGAGUUUGCAGCCUCACCAAGAUUAUGGCAUGACGGGCAAAACCAAGAGAUCGCGUGAGAAGAGGCACAGCCAUAACAUGGAAGUACAAGUGAACCAGGAGAUGAGGAAUGUCAGCAUAGGCAUGGGCAGCAGUGAUGAGUGGUCUGAUGUCCAAGACAUAAUCGAUUCCACCCCAGAGCUGGAUAUGUGUCAAGAUCCACGACUGGAGCGCACAGGAAACAGCCCGACACAAGGGAUUGUAAACAAAGCUUUUGGAAUCAACACCGACUCCUUAUACCACGAGUUGUCCACAGCCGGGUCAGAAGUCAUCGGAGAUGUUGAUGAAGGGGCGGACCUUCUGGGAGAAUUCUCAGUGCGGGAUGAUUUCUUUGGAAUGGGAAAAGAAGUGGGCAAUCUCCUUCUGGAAAACUCACAGCUUUUAGAGACAAAGAAUGCCUUGAAUGUUGUAAAGAAUGACUUGAUUGCAAAAGUGGACCAACUUGCUGGGGAGCAAGAAGUACUGAAGGGAGAACUGGAAGCCACCAAACAAGCCAAGGUCAAAAUGGAAACACGAGUGAAAGAGCUAGAAGAGGAGCUUAAGAGGGUGAAAUCAGAAGCUAUUGUGGCCUUGCAAGAACCCAAAGAGGAAGUGGAAGUGGAAGAGAACUCCUCCCCGCUGCAGGAUAACAUUCCCAUCGCUCAGCGCAGAAGAUUUACGCGUGUUGAGAUGGCGCGGGUUCUAAUGGAAAGGAACCAAUACAAAGAAAGACUGAUGGAGUUGCAAGAAGCUGUGCGGUGGACAGAGAUGAUCAGAGCCUCCAGGGAGCACCCUUCAGUCCAGGAGAAGAAGAAGUCAACCAUCUGGCAGUUCUUCAGCAGGCUUUUCAGUUCUUCAUCCAGCCCACCACCUCCCAAAAGGAGUUACCCCUCUGUCAAUAUCCACUACAAGUCCCCCACUCCUGCCGGAUUCAGCCAGCGCCGCAGCCACACUAUGUGCCAGAUCUCCUCUGGGGGACGCACCAUCGAGUUCUUCCCAGAUGAAUUGAGAAGUAACACUGUAGCUUCUCUCCUCAGCGACUGCACAUCCACAGCUCGCCGUGAACAGAAGCGCGAGCAGUACCGCCAAGUGCGGGAGCAUGUGCGCAAUGAUGAUGGGCGCCUUCAAGCUUGUGGGUGGAGCCUACCCGCUAAAUAUAAGCAGCUUAGUCCAAAUGGAGGACAGGAGGAUAAUCGUAUGAAGAAUGUGCCAGUGCCAGUGUACUGCAGGCCUCUGGUAGAGAAAGAUCCCACCAUGAAGCUGUGGUGUGCGUCUGGAGUGGAUCUGACGGGAUGGAAACCAUUUGAAGAUGAUUCUGGGAAUGGAGUCAAGCAGGUGACUGGGCGAGAUCCUUUAACCUGUGAACGUGAAGUGGAAGGAGAGAGCAAAAGCACCCACACCUCCCCUGAGAAGAAAAAGACUAAAGAACUCCACGAAGCAGAUGCCACAUCCAGUCGAGUAUGGAUCCUUACCAGCACCCUGUCCACCAGCAAGGUGGUGAUCAUUGAUGCCAACCAACCGGGCACCCUGGUUGACCAGUUCACUGUAUGCAAUGCUCACAUCUUAUGCAUCUCCAGUAUACCAGCUGCCAGUGACAGUGACUAUCCUCCUGGAGAAAUUUUCCUGGAGGGGGACAUAAACCCAGAGGACUCGGGAGACACUGAUGGAGUUCUGGCUGGGAUCACACUAGUAGGAUGUGCCACAAGAUGUAACGUGCCACGGAGCAACUGCUCCUCUCGAGGGGACACUCCUGUAUUGGACAAGGGGCAGGGAGAAGUUUCCACCGUCAGCAAUGGGAAACUCAACCAGCACCAGUCGGCUGAGGAAGCCACCGAAGCCCUGGAGGUACCAGAAACUUCUGCCACCGAAGCAGACCCUGCUCAGGUACGACCUGGGGCAUUGACAGAACACGUUUUUACUGACCCAGCUCCUGUGGCAAAUGGCCGACUGUGCAGUGAAAAUGGACAUCUCAAGCCAGAAGUGAACACAGCACCUCAAGAGACUGAACCAAACCAAGAGGCCUCCACAGGCACCAGCGCAGCCCCCACCAUGUGGUUAGGAACACAAAGUGGCUGGCUCUACGUUCACUCUGCCGUUUCUAACUGGAAAAAGUGCCUGCAUUCCAUCAAACUGAAGGAUUCCGUGUUGAGCCUUGUACAUGUAAAAGGCAGAGUUCUUGUUGCACUUGCUGAUGGAACACUGGCCAUUUUCCAUCGGGGAGAAGACAAGCAGUGGGAUCUCAGCAAUUACCAUUUGAUGGACCUUGGGCACACACACCACUCCAUUCGCUGCAUGGCGGUAGUAUAUGAUCGGGUCUGGUGUGGGUAUAAGAACAAAAUACAUGUAAUCCAGCCCAAAACCAUGCAGAUAGAGAAAUCAUUUGAUGCUCACCCGCGAAGGGAGAGCCAGGUACGGCAGCUGGCAUGGAUUGGAGAUGGAGUGUGGGUGUCAAUCCGACUGGACUCCACCUUACGGCUGUACCAUGCACAUACCCAUCAGCACCUUCAGGAUGUGGAUAUUGAGCCUUACGUGAGCAAAAUGUUAGGGACGGGCAAAUUAGGCUUCUCGUUCGUUCGGAUCACAGCACUGCUAAUCGCCGGCAAUCGGCUCUGGGUAGGCACAGGCAAUGGAGUGGUCAUCUCUAUCCCGCUGACAGAAACGGUAGUCCUACAUCGGGGGCAGCUGCUGGGGCUGAGGGCCAACAAGACCUCACCCACCUCUGGAGAGGGAACGCGGCCUGGGGGAGUCAUCCACGUGUACAGCGAUGAGAACAGCGACAAGACGGCAGGCAGUUUUAUCCCAUACUGCUCCAUGGCACAGGCCCAACUGUGUUUCCAUGGACACAGGGAUGCCGUUAAGUUUUUUGUAUCUGUACCAGGGAACGUGCUGGCUACCUUGAAUGGCAGUGUGCUGGACAGCCCUUCAGAGAACACUGGGACCCCUUCAGCUGAGACAGAAGAGCAAAAGCUUAAGAAUGUCUUGGUGCUAAGCGGAGGAGAAGGAUACAUUGAUUUCCGAAUUGGCGAUGGGGAAGACGAUGAGACUGAAGAACAUUCUGCCGAUGGAAACGAAACAAAACCAGUACUUUCUAAGGCUGAACGAAGCCACAUUAUUGUUUGGCAGGUCUCCUAUCUGCCAGAAUAAGAGCAGCCAAUGUUUAAUCAAACCCCCAGAAUGCCAAGACAACCCCUGCAUCCCUCCUGCUGGAAAAACAAAACUGGAACUUUUAUCCUGCAUCGGCGAAUCUCCUUGCCCCGUGCGGGCUCCUUACAUCCAACCCCGGCUUCCACUUUCCAUAAACUAUUCCUUUCUUCAGCUUCAUUCUUGGUGGAACUAUAAAGACACCCAAGCAUUCUCUAUACUCUAGCUGCUCUUUUUCUGCUGCGUUAAGAACCACUUUUUUUCCUUUUACAAAAUAUAUCCCAUGCCAGAGAUCAAUACAAUUAUGUUUGCCAAAGAGAGUUUCCACCAGUCCUUCUGGCACAGAGAUUUAUUGAUGGGGUGUAUUGGCCUAGGACAGAAAGCCAGAAGCCUAUCUCAUAUAUUAUGGCAAAUAGAUACAAUUUGAUAGCUGGAGCCAAACCUAAAAGCCACCUUCUGAGCAGGCAGGGAUUUAUAGAGCAGUUUCUAGUGGUAUAAACAUGACACUUGGAUGAAAUCAGGGAAUCGUUACUUGCCUUGUACACUUGCUAGAAACAUUUCUCCUGCAAUAAUCUGUUUAUGUGGAUAGUUCUAUUGAAAAGCUAAAGGCUGCGAGAGACGUAAGGCCAACGGCACUCUCCUAUUAAUAUACAGAGUUCUCUCCCAGCUGACCAAUAAAAAACAGCCUCCAGCCUCGAAUGAAUUCCUUAGACUUAGACUGGGCUGUACAUUAUAAACUCUCAUUUGCAUCAGGCAAGAUAAUAAAAAGGCAACCUCACGACGACAGUAUUGCAGAUUUAUUUUUCUCGAAUGGCUUUUUCUGUGAGCCCUAUCCAAAAAAAAAAGCACUGCAACUACUUAAACUGUUCAACCCCUUGGUUGGCAGCGGGACCAGCAAUUGUACUAGGAGUAGAAGGUUUCCCUACUGGCAGUUGCCAGAUAUAAUAGGUUCAGCACUAAAUGCGAUAUAUAUAUUUACUAAUGCAUGAGCACUCGACCUGCAGGUGCCUAAUAAGUACAAAACCUCUGAAGUGGGGCACCCUAUGCAUUAAUAUCAAGCUCCUGUUACAAAAAAAGAAGCACCUACGCUUAGGAAUAAUCUGCACUUGUAAGCUCGUUAAUGCAUAUUAUGCUAUAAUAAAGCUACACCCCUUUGUAAUUUGGGGGCUGAAACAUUCUAAUUUAAACGGCUCUUCUCCCUAGAUCAUGCAUGUAAUCCUUUAACUCCUGGGCAAAUAAAGGGGCAUUAAUGUGACCUCUGGGGGUGCGGGGGAUUACAAGAAAAGCACAUUCUUGCCAGAUAAAAAAGGAUUAAUUGGCUCUAACAUAGGGGCGUGAAACCUGCACAGCUUCGAGCGGUUGUUGGACUACAGCUCCAGGGAAAUGUUGGGAGGUGUAGUUUGACAGCAUCAGGUUGCACAUGCUUGAUCUAACAGUUCUACCUAUGGCAAUGACUUAUGUAAAGAUUCCCUGUAUGUGUCACAAGGGGACUGUCCAAUGUGUCUCUUUCCAGGCUUGUAAACUCCGCUGUGUGUUGUCUGUCCUUCUGGUCAUAAGGUUGGCAUUAUGUAAAGACAGCUGUACCAAUAAUUCCCUCUGCUUUCUCUCUCUCUCACUGUCCCCCCCUUGUGACAUCAAUACUCUGUAAUUGGUAUGUAUGUAUUAAAUGUAUUACAAAUGGA